UUUAUCGAAUCUGCAUGGGGAAAACAAACGGAAGUGGUCACGAAGCCAUUUUGUCUGAGGUUAUGUGAAGAGACGGAGGCCUUGCUUGCGUCUACCGAGAUAAGUUUAUGAUGUAUAACGGAGGGAAAGGAAAGAAAGUCCGCAGCACCAGUAGCGGAAAGUCGGCAGCCGUGGCAGAGCUUCUGGUUUUCGGUUAUGCCUGCAAAGUCUUCCGGGAUGACGAGAAAGCCAUAUACCACGAGCAGGGGAGACACCUCAUCCCGUGGAUGGGAGAUUCCCAGAUCAUGAUUGAUAGGUAUGAUGGACGGGGUCACUUACACGACCUGUCCGAUUACGAUGCAGAGCACAAUUCCUGGAACAGAAACUAUAAUCUGUCAGAAGAGGAGGCUCGUAUAGAGGCACUUUGUGAUGAAGAGAGGUAUUUAGCGUUGCAUACGGACUUGCUUGAAGAGGAAGCAAGGCAAGAGGAAGAAUAUAAGCGGUUAAGUGAAGCUUUGGCUGAAGAUGGUACCUACAACACUGUGGGCUUUCAGUAUAGUGAUUAUUAUGAUCCUUCACAGCCCACAGAAGAGGAGGAUCCACAAAAGGAAAAAGAUGACAAAGAAUUAAGUGAUCCUGAAGAUAAUGAGGAACCAUUCAUUGCACCAGAAGGGCUGAAUGUCGCAUCAGAUGUUGAGCUGCCACCAACAGCAAAAAUGCAUGCUAUAAUAGAGCGGACAGCAAACUUUGUGUGCAAACAAGGAGCCCAAUUUGAAAUCAUGCUUAAAGCCAAGCAAGCCCGGAACUCACAAUUUGAUUUCUUGCGAUUUGACCACUAUCUAAACCCUUAUUACAAGCACAUACAGAAAGCUAUGAAGGAGGGACGGUACAUUCCACAAACAGGAAAAACAAAUGAGGAGAAAAAAAAAUUCUUUCCGAGCACAGAAGAUGAUGAUGAUGAUGACGACGAUGAUGAUGAGGGGGGCGAUUACCUUCAUCCAAGCCUUUUUGCUUCCAAACGCUGCAGUAGGCUUGAAGAGCUCACAAAGCCGUUAAAAGUGAUUGAUCCAGACCACCCACUAGCAGCUCUUGUGAGAAAAGCUCAGAAUGAGAAAAUAGCUUUGCAGCAGCAGACAAACAAUAUUGGACCUCCUCUCACUGUCCAGCCUGAAAGCACAACAGAGUCAACUGUAUCAUCUACGUUUUACAAUUACUAUAUGUUGCCUGAUGGAACAUACUGUCUUGCACCACAAGCCCCAGGAAUGGAGGUUAAUCAUUGCUACAGUUCAGUUACAGCAGGUGGGGCUGCCCAAACAGCAGCAGGAUCCAUAGUAACUCCACAGUCCAGCACCACUCCUCCACCUUUUGAAGUUAGCUCUGGCAAUAAUACUAAAGUAACUGCAGAUUCUUCUUCAGCAAGUGCACUUACUCCUGUGGUUGCUAUCAUUCCUCCACCACCUGAUAUUCAGCCAGUUAUUGACAAGCUUGCCCAGUAUGCCGCUCGAAAUGGAAUUAAGUUUGAAACAAGUGUUCGAGAAAAGAAUGAUGCAAGGUUUGAUUUCCUGCAGCCCUGGCAUCAAUAUAAUCCAUAUUAUGAAUUUAAGAAACACUUUUUCAUGCAGAAAGAAGGUGUUCUCAGUCUCCAACCUACUUCCGAGAUUGAUACAAAUACAGGUUCUACUGAAAUAACGAACGAAUCGCUUUUAAGCAGUGAUCCUGAAGUGAAUGAUGGCACAAGUUCUAAAGGUGAUUCAGCUGCCAGUAAGCCUGACAGUGAUGGGAAGCUCAUGAAAGUCUCUUUUGCACCGAUAAGUUUUGCAAUAAAGGUAAAGGAAACUGACUUUCUGCCGCUUGAGAAAAACAGAGUUAAAUUAGAUGAUGACAGUGAAGAAGAAGAAGGUGACACCCAAAAAGAUGGCCACCAAAGCAAGGCAAGUGGUUCAUCAAGCAGUAGCCAAGCCCACAGUACUGGGCCCUCAAUGGCAGAGGAAAAGAGACCUCAACUAACUCCAGAGGAGAUUGAAGCAAAACAAGCAAAGCAAAAGCUUGAAGACAGAUUGGCAGCAGCAGCUAGAGAAAAACUGGCACAAGCGGCAAAAGAAUCAAAAGAGAAGCAACUGCAGGCUGAACGUAAAAGGAAAGCUGCCUUAUUCUUACAAACAUUAAAGAAUCCAUUAGAAGCAGAAUUGGGAAGAAUAGAGGAAAGCCCUUUCAGCUCAGAGGUUAACAGCAUGACCUGUGAUCUGUUACCAGAAGACACAAUAAUACCAACAACUGAAUAUCCUGUCACCGUAAGGUCACCGUACAGAGAAUUCUCCCGGGAAGAGAGAGAGAAAAAGAAGAAAAAACGAAAAAAACACUCAAGGUCAAGAUCUCGCUCUCCAAAACGCCAUUAUGAAUCAAAGUCCAAGUCUCGAUCCCAUGAAAAAGUGAAACAUUCCCUGCCCACUGCCUACAGAACAGUUAGACGAUCUAGAUCAAGGUCAAGAUCCCCACGAAAACCUUCUCAGUCUGGGGAAAAGAGGAGAGAAGAAGAGAAGGACAGAGGUGUCCCAAGUGCUUACCGUUUUGGCCACAGCCCAGGCAACAGCAGAAAGCAAACCCAAUCACGGGGUGGAGCUCAGGACAAGGAUGGCCACAUAGAGUCAGAAAUUGUUUCUUCAGUGCAGAGCAAAAUAACUCAGGAUCUCAUGGCUAAAGUGAGGGCAAUGCUUGCCGCCUCCAAAAACAUGCGCAAGGAUUCUUCGUGAGAACCUCUUCACAUGUGAGUUUCCACCAGAAGUCUACAUCCCAACAGGGAGACUGCUGUCUGUCAGGAUGGAUGGAAUCGUCUGACUGCCUCCUUUUUAUACACUGCUCACAGUAAUGCAGUUUGAUUUCCUUAGGGAAAAACUAAUCAGUUGUUUGGUCAAUUUUUCAUUGACUUUUUUUUUUUUCGGUUCCUGUAAUAUUGGCCAGCAGUUUUCACUCUGUAUAUUUGUAUAUAUUCAAUUUCUGUUUCACUGUGCUUCAAAUAAAAUUAGAAUACAAAA